CGUGGCAGAUUGUAACGGUAAAAUUUCAGUUCGUUCUCUCCAAAGCACCGUAUUCAGAAUCAAUUCAUUUUCCGAGAAGCAAUCAGCGAAGAAUCAUUGAGAAGAUGGGAGUGGACGAAGUACCAAUGGAUGAUAAAGCCAAGAGAAUGAGAGAUCUGCUAUCGAGCUUUUACGCUCCAGAUCCAUCUGUGUCCGCCGACGCUCCCUCUAAAUCUGCACCCUUAGAUGCAAUCAAUACUGGCUCAUUCGAUGCCGAUCAGUACAUGAAUUUCCUGGUACAAAAGUCAAGUCUGGAAGGCCUUCUGCAGAGGCAUGUUGAAAUGGCAGCUGAGAUUAAAAAUCUUGACACUGACUUGCAAAUGUUGGUUUAUGAAAAUUACAACAAGUUUAUCAGUGCCACUGACACAAUUAAAAGGAUGAAUAAUAAUAUAGUGGGCAUGGAAACAAAUAUGGAACAGCUCCUUGAUAAGAUAAAGUCAGUGCAAUCUAGAAGUGAUGGGGUCAACAGUUCUCUUUUUGAAAAGAGAGAACACAUAGAGAAAUUACAUCGUACGCGCAACCUUCUGCGGAAAGUUCAGUUCAUUUAUGAUCUACCUGCUAGACUUGGAAAAUGUAUCAAAUCAGAAGUCUAUGCUGAUGCAGUCAGGUUCUACACUGGAGCGAUGCCAAUUUUUAAGGCGUAUGGGGAUUCAUCUUUCCAGGACUGUAAGCGAGCGUCUGAAGAAGCAGUGGCCAUAAUUAUAAAAAACUUGCAGGGGAAGCUGUUCUCAGAUUCUGAAUCUAUACAGGCACGAGCCGAAGCUGCAGUGCUUCUUAAGAAGUUGGAUUUUCCGGUGGACACGUUAAAGGUAAAACUACUUGAGAAGUUGGAGCAAUCUCUUGGCGAUCUUCAGCUUAAGGAUGAAGAUAUAAGCUAUUACUUGUUAAAGUCUAAUGAUCCUUCUAAACUAGAAAAGAAUCCUGAGUCAGUUCUUGCCACUGCUCAUGAGGCUUCUGUUCGAGAGUUUGUGGAGGCUGUCCGAGCUUAUCGAGUAAUAUUUCCUGACUCAGAAAAGCAACUAAUUAAACUUGCACAAGCUUUAGUUACCAUGAACUUUGGAACUGCUGAGCAAUAUGGAAAGAAACGAAUACGUUCAGCAGAUUUAUUGUGUGUUCUCCGAAUUAUAUGGAGAGAUGUGCUCCUGAUGGAUGAAGCGUUACCUGAAGCUGUUCUCUCUGAGUUUUCGCUGCAGGCUGCCCAGAUCACUGUCAAACAUUAUGUUGCCAGCAGAUAUUCUCAUCUUCUACAGGAUAUAUCAGAUGCCCUGACAAAAGUUUAUGUUGGACAAAAGGAGGGAGUGGAGGAACAUCCUUUGCAGGUUGCUCUCGAGGGUAGCAAAAAAGCAGUGCUUCAAGGCAGCAUGGACGUCUUACUGGACUUCCGCCAGCUUCUUGAUGAAGACUUAGGACUACUAGUUAAAUUAAAGGACUUGAUUAUUGAUUGGGUUCAAGAAGGAUUUCAAGACUUCUUCAGGGCACUUGAUGAUCAAUUCCUCUUGCUUUCAGGAAGAAAUAAUUCUUCUGGUCAAAUUCAUGGUUUGAUGGAGGGAGCACAAGGUGACAAAGUUCGUGCUGGGCUUGUCUUGGUUCUGGCUCAACUUUCUGUCUUCAUUGAGCAAACUGCCAUCCCAAGAAUCACUGAGGAGAUAGCUGCUUCAUUCUCUGGUGGUGGUGCUAGAGGCUAUGAAAAUGGUCCUGCCUUUGUCCCUGGGGAAAUUUGUCGUAUUUUUCGCUCUGCUGGUGAAAAGCUUCUGCAUCAUUAUAUAAAUAUGAGAAAUCAGAAGAUAUCAGUUCUCCUCAGGAAAAGAUUUACCACACCGAAUUGGGUGAAGCACAAGGAGCCCAGAGAAGUUCAUAUGUUUGUUGAUUUAUUUCUUCAAGAGUUGGAAGCAAUAGAAAAUGAGGUAAAGCAGAUUCUACCACAAGGGUUAAUUCGUAGGCAUCAUCGCACUGACAGUAAUGGAAGCACCACUUCUUCCCGCAGCAAUCCAUUAAGAGAGGAUAAGUUGAGUCGAUCAAAUACCCAAAGGGCCAGGAGCCAGCUUUUGGAAACCCAUCUAGCAAAAUUGUUCAAGCAAAAAGUUGAAAUUUUCACCAAAGUUGAGUAUACUCAGGAGUCAGUUAUAACAACUACAGUGAAACUGAGCCUAAAAAGUUUCCAAGAAUUUGUCCGACUCCAGACUUUUAACCGAAGUGGAUUUCAACAAAUACAAUUGGAUAUUCAUUACCUAAGGACUCCUGUCAGGGAUGCUGUUGAGGAUGAAGCUGCCAUUGACUUUUUGCUCGAUGAGGUGAUUGUUGCUGCUUCAGAACGUUGUCUUGACCCAAUUCCUUUGGAGCCUCCCAUCUUGGAUAAACUUAUACAAGCAAAAUUGGCAAAAACAAAGGAGAAGAAUCCAAUUUCUCAAUAAAUAUUAGAAAUAAAUUGGUGAAGAUGGCAAUAUCGUCUGUAACUACCUAUGGUUCGUCUUUUUAAGGAAUUAAAUGUCUUUCUUGAGGAAUGAUUGGGACGAGAAAUGCCCUUUGCAUCCUUGGACAUCGUUGAGUGGCCAGAUGAUCGGAAGAGUCUGAAAAAUAGGCUAAAAUGUUUCCCAAGUGUAUGUUUUUGUAACCUUUGGAAGAGUAUAGUUGCAGCUUGAAGUCAAAUUAUUUUACCUUGGA